AUGAGGUUGGUCUACGAUCAGAGCUCAGAAGAUGAUCGCCCGGAAAGUUUCUUUCGUCAAACCUCUCCCACGCCCAAUCUUUACAUUAGUGGACGGACACCGCCCAAUCCUAGAACAGGAAUCUUUCAAUGUCGACCACAAGAUAAAGAAACCGAUGCAAGCAUUAGUUCCACAACGAAUCGGCUUAUAGUCAUUCCUGGCACUCGGCGCAUGUCUUUGAUCAACCCCGGUUCCGUCACUCGUAUCUGGUUGAACCAGUACUUCCUUUCCGCCGUUCCUAGGGACCACCCACUCCCGUUCCCAUGA